AUGACCGAUGCGCUCGACGCCAGUGUUGUAUAUAUCAACUUAGACUCCUCGCUCGGCAACGGCGUUGUCACAUUCAGCCGCAAUGCAACGCAGCACUGGUAUUUCAACACCUUUGGCGAGCCUCUGUCGGGAUGGGUGGUCGUCCGAGAUAGCAACAGCGGGAGAUUUAUCCAUUUCCCACAAAUCGAAGACGGCGCAGUCGCAGCCGUGACCGAAGCAUCUGUAUCAGGUGGCAAGAUUACUUUGUCCACUCGCAACGGGACAGUCACGAUCAGUUCAGGGGAUCUCAGCGGGAAAGGCCUUUUAUGGACAGUCGAGCCGUUCAGCGACCAGAAUCCAACCCGAGCCCUAAAGCUGAGGAAAGCGGCCGCAGGUGCGCAUCAGAUCUUCAAGCUCGAUAAGCUGCCUGAGCCCCGUCGAUAG